GUGCUAGUAUGCGGACGACUGGAGAUGUCCGCUCUCAAGAACCAAAACGGAUUUCCCUGACAGCGGAUUUACCGGGAACUUCAUAAAAUGUCGUCUUCUCGUCGCAAAACGCGCCCAGAAAUGUAUGGGAUCCCCUUGAUUUUGCUGAUGUUUCUAACCAAAGCGGAAUCCCAGGCUGCGAAUGGUUAUUUUAACCAAUCGUCUGUAGCGUAUUUAUCGUCAUCCUGGAACGUGACUUGGCAGACAGAAUUUUCAUUUCGAACAUGCACGGAAAAUGGAGGACUCUUAUACCAGAUGGGAGCCACGGGGGACUACCUCAGGCUGAGAUUAUCCAAUGGGAGCCUGCAGUUUGCAUUUAAGACUAGUGGAGUUGUGUCGAACAUUUUCAUUGGCUCAAAUCUGGCCAAUAAUUUGUGGUAUAAGAUUGAAAUGAGCCGAGUCAUAGGCGUGAACAGUUUAAAAAUUUCUCAAGCGAGUAGGACAUUAUUCACUAAAGUUUUAUCGAAUUCCACGUUCAACCAACAUUUACUGAAUGUGAACUUAGCCGGAGGCACCAGGCUUACUGUUGGUCAGACAUUUGUGGGCUGUAUAAACGAAGGCCGAGGAGUUUUAUUAAGUGCAGCGGUGGAAUCUACGAAUGUCCUAUGGAACCAGUGUCCUUUACAGCAGCAGGCAGGCUGCACACAAGUGGACAGAAAUCCAUGUGCAACCAAUCCAUGUCGCAAUGAAGGGGAGUGCAUUGUUGAGGGUCAGUCCUUCAGAUGUAACUGUCCAAUUGUCUAUAGUGGAGCCCAGUGUGAAAUAUUUAUAGGUGACCGAGGCUGCUCAGUAUCGCUAUGCCAGAACAAUGCCACGUGUGUUCCUGGCGAUGGAACAGGCAUCUUGUCAUUCUCCUGCCAGUGUGUUCCAGGGAUGACAGGAACUUACUGUGAAACAAAUAUUGAUGAAUGCGCAUUGGUGAAUGGCCCCUGCUUUAAUGGGGGAGUGUGUGUAGAUGGUGUUAACCAGUACACCUGUAACUGCUCGGGCACAGGGUAUGAAGGGGAAACUUGUGUGAAUGAGAUUAACGAGUGCCUUAACUCCCCCUGUGGGGUGGGGACUUGUCGGAACCAGCCUGGCUCCUUCACAUGUGACUGCCCAGAAGGCUACUUUGGGACGCCAUGUGAGAGGGUUUUGGCAUGUGACUCAUCACCAUGCCAACACAAUGGGGCGUGUGAGAAUCAAGGGGCGGGUUACAAGUGUUCUUGUGCACUGGGCUACACUGGCACCAACUGCGAGUCUGCUGUGGACAGAUGCCUCAAUGUCACCUGCGAAGGAGAGCAUGUGAUUUGUGAGAGCGGAGUUACCUCCCAUAGGUGUAUCUGUAAACCGGGAUAUAUAGGAUUACCCGGGAAUUGCACGGAGUUCAAUGAAUGUGCCUCGCGCCCUUGUCACAAUGGAGCUACUUGUGUGAACCGCAUCAACGGGUAUGAGUGUGUCUGUGUCCGUGGCUUUAAUGGCACAAACUGCAAGGACAGCAUCAAUGAGUGCGCGAGUAACCCUUGUCAGGAGAGGGGCAGCUGUGAGGAUGGCCUUGGAGACUUCACCUGUAAUUGUAAUGAAGGGUACACAGGUAAAACUUGUGAAACUAACAUCAACGAAUGCCUAGCCACAUCUACCAACCCCUGUCUCAACGGAGGCACAUGUGAAGAUCAGAUUGGGGGUAUCACCUGUAGUUGUGUCCCAGGUUACACUGGCUUACGAUGUGAGACAGAUAUCAAUGAGUGUGAUGCCCAACCCUGUCAAAACCAGGGUACUUGUCGUAAUCUUCUCAACAACUACACCUGUGACUGCGCACCUGGAUAUACAGGCAUGAAUUGUAGCACCGACAUUGAUGACUGUUCCCCAAACCCUUGCCAAAAUGGAGGCACAUGCACCGACGGUGUGACCACAUUUGAUUGUCGAUGUACUGACGAAUGGAUGGGCGAGACCUGCACGCAGGAAUACGACGCCUGCUCCUUCGCCCCGUGCCAGAAUGGUGGUACCUGCUCAUCUGUGCUUCGCUCUCAGGAGUUCACUUGUACUUGUGUAUCCGGGUACACGGGCGCUAACUGUUCAACUAACAUCGACGAUUGUAUAGGGAUUACCUGUCCACAGUACCAGAUUUGCCAUGAUCUUAUUAACGAUCAUUUUUGCGAUUGUCCAACAGGCUAUAAAGGAGCACAGUGUUCUGAAGAAGUGGAUGAAUGUGCUGGCUCGCCCUGUACCAACAACGGCACCUGUAUUGACGGCCUAGGCUUUUAUACCUGUAAAUGCCAGGCAUCCACAGUGAAUUUAACAAGGUACCUAAGGCCAGGGCAGUCGUUGGUUUUCCAGACAGGGUACACAGGCCAGAACUGUGAAGAGGACAUCGACGAGUGUGCAAUCUCACCAUCCGUUUGUCUCCAUGAUGGAACCUGCGAGAACACGAAUGGGAGUUUCACCUGUGGCUGCCGAGGACAAAAUGGCAUUUACUACACAGGUCAAAACUGUGAGCUGACAACUAAUUACUGCUUGGCCGCACCUGUCCUCGACCCUCCAGCAUGCUGGAACAACGCCACGUGUAAGGCAGGAUCAAGAAACUACACCUGUAUCUGCGCACCUGGAUUUGAGGGUCAGAGAUGUAAAACCAACAUCGACGAAUGCCAAUUAGUACGAGAUAGGGAGAAUAAAGAGCCUUGCGCCAACAAUGGUACCUGUUUUGACGGUAUUAACAAGUACACCUGUGAGUGUAUCCCAGGUAUCACUGGACAUAACUGUACUGUUAAUAUUGACGAUUGUAGUCCAGAUCCAUGCCAGAAUGGUGGACGGUGCAUUGACAGAAUUAACAGCUAUACAUGUAACUGCGAUGGUACAGGGUUUGAGGGUGAGAACUGCACCGUGGAUAUUGACGACUGCCUGGGAAAUCCGUGUCAGAAUGGAGCAUCGUGUCAGGAUAAAAUCAAGGACUACAACUGUACCUGUUUCGAUGGCUUCAGCGGAAAAAACUGUGACACAGACAUAAACGAGUGUGAACAAAAUCCAUGUGAAAAUGGCGGCUCUUGCUUUGAACGAUCUAAGGACAGAUUCUACCCAGACAACCCCAUCCCAGGAAAUUUCUCGCUCGAAACUGCGGGUGGCUUCUUCUGCCACUGUCCACCUGGGUUUAACGGAUCACAAUGUGAAUUUAACAUUGACGAAUGUCUGUUGGAAACUCAGCCCUGUUAUAAUGGAGGCCGAUGUUUAGACGGAGUCAACAGAUUCUCCUGCGAUUGUGCUCCAGGUUUCCAAGGCGACCGAUGCCUCAGUGAGAUCAACGAAUGUUUGGUGUACCAGCCUUGCCGUAAUGGAGCCACGUGUCACGACCAAGUCGCUGAUUACUUCUGCCAGUGUUUACCAUCGCUGAAUCGUGUUGUCUACGGAGGCAAAAACUGUAGCUUGGUACUAACAGGUUGUCUUGGCAACCAGUGUCAAAAUGGAGCCAAAUGCGUGCCAACAUUGGCUGACGAAGCUUCUGACCAACACAAUUACACCUGUGAUUGCUUACCUGGUUGGGCAGGACGUCUGUGUCAAGAGGACACUUCGUUGUCUUUCUACGGAGAUUCUUUCAUCUAUCAUCAAGGGCCAUUGUCUAACUUGACUACGCGUUUCCGAACGACUGUCGAAGAUGGCGUUCUCAACCUGCUUGGGUCGUCACCCCAAAAUUUUCUCUCAGUUGAGAUGAUGGCAGGCCAGAUUUGUCUCAAUGGAACUGGAACUUUCCGGUCUCCCCCUCCUUGUUUGCCUAUUGAGUUUAACGACGGCCAAUGGCAUAGUCUCGAUAUCCAACUCACAGACACCAGCUUAACCAUCUCCCUUCAGAAGGAUCCACUGUGCCUCAACCAAAUAUGCAUCAUCUCCUUCAGUCACAGUACCGUCAUCGAAGACGUCACAUUAGGAGGGGUUGGAAUUUUCAAUGAUGUCACUGAGAUGAUGAGAUCAAAGAAGAACUUCAUCGGCUGUCUCCAAGAUGUGAUGAUAGACAAUGCCCGUCCGGUGUACAGCGAUCCCUCGACCAGACGAAAUGUUAGUGCCGGGUGUCAAAGAGAUGAACAGUGCACCCCGGACACCUGCCAGGGAAAGGGCACCUGUGUGGAUAUGUGGUUCACGCCAAAAUGUGUCUGUGAUCGCCCAUAUUAUGGCAAAACCUGUGAUAAAGAAAUUCCACCUGUGACUUUUGGCUCAGGUGAAAAUGUAUCCUUGGUCAGUUUUGUACCUCCGACCGACCAGGUAGAAAUCUUGUGGACAGACCUCCAGUUGUCAUUCUUCUUUACCACACGGAAGCCCAGCGGUGUCCUUUUCUUCAUGGGAGGUCAGUUGGAAGAACUGCCACAACAAUGCCUUCAGCGCUGUAACUACCUCCUGCUGUACUUGAAAUCUGGUCAGAUGUGCAUUAAGUUCCGAGUCUGCAGCUCCGGCGACGUUGAGCGCUGCAGUCCACAGCACGUCACCUACAACGACGGCAACACCCACUUCCUAGAGGUCGACAGGAAAGUUAGAGAGCUCUCCAUCUUCGUGGAUGGAAUUGCGAUGUUCGACAAAGUCAUAUUCUUCGAUGCCGGGGGUCUCUGUCACAUCAUGACAGACCAUUUCAGUUUCGGCAGCCUGCCAGGAUUGACAGCCCAACGGCGCAAGCGGCAAACAAAGAAUCCAGAGAUUUAUGAUGGUAUGACCAGGUUUAAAGGCGUUUUUCAGGAUUUGCGAGUUAAUGGAGACCUGCUCCUGAUGUAUAACCUGAGAACACCGUCUGCCGACCUGCCAGAGUCGUUCCCCUUGCCCAACGGGACCUCCACCAUAUUGGAAGGAAUUGUGAACGAUGACGUGUGCGGCAUGUCACAACCUUGUCUGAACAAUGCGACAUGUGAGAAUGUCAUCUAUAAUGAUUACAACUGCUCUUGCCCUGAAGGUUUUACUGGCAAGGAUUGUGGCAUUGAGGAUGUGUGUAAGGCUCAGCCUUGCCCUGGAAAUGCCACAUGUAAGAGUCUCCAGGGUGGCUAUGAAUGUGUCACCAGUGCUACUUUCUCACAAGGAGGUCUCUAUUAUGAAGGAGUAGGGCUCAAGUCAGUGGAUGUAAACUCCGUGUCACUCAGGCUUCGCACAAGAGAACAGUCAGGAACGAUAUUUUUGCUCAGAAGCCAACAGCAGCUGGAGAAUGAGUAUCUCGUGGUACAUUUGGAAAACGGCAGUGUCAAGUUAACAUAUGCCCUGGGACAGGAGACAAAGAGUCUGACGGGUCCUGUUGUUGUAUCAGAUGGAUUAUGGCAUAGUGUCAUCAUGAAACAGUUCCCAGGGCGGAUCCAGUUGUUUGUUGACAACAAACCAGUCUCUGCCGAUGACAACUCCGUUCAAACGCUGGCAGGUUUGAUCUCUGGUACAAACGCUGGACAUGCAAACUCCACGGAAUUAUUGGUGGGAUCAAAUCCGACGGGAUCAAGCCAUUUGAUUGGCUGUUUGGAUGAAAUACGAAUAAAUGACCUUUUGCUACCAUUUUUCUCGGAUACUGACUUACAGAUUCCGUCUUUAAACAAUGCCACGCAGCGAUUCCGACUGAAAUCCCAGACUGAGGUAAUCAAGGGCUGCAACUCCCAGAUGUCGUAUUGUGAUGCGUAUGGCUGCCACAAUGGCGGUACUUGCACUGAGCUGUGGAACGAUUACCACUGUGACUGCCCUAUUGGUUUUGACGGCAGAAAUUGCGACAAUGACAUUGAUGACUGCAUAAAUCACGACUGUCAGAACGGAGCCACAUGCGUGGAUGGCCUGAACAACAUCACCUGUAAUUGCAUACCUGGAUAUUAUGGUUGGAGGUGUGAAGCUCAGAGAAACGAGUGUGAGAAUUUACCCUGUCGCAACGGGGGACUGUGUAUAGAUGAACUGAAUGACUACAGCUGUAACUGUACCUCGAAUUACACUGGUAAAAACUGUGAUAUCUUGAUUACAGAGACCUGUGAUCGUGAGCCAUGCCAGAACGGAGCUACCUGCCAGGAUUAUAAUGAAACGAUAUCAGGACAGGAGGUGGCGAGGUUUAAUUGUACCUGUGCCCCGGGAUACGAGGGAAAAACCUGUGAGGAUGAAAUUGAUUACUGUGCUGAUUUUCCCUGUCGCAAUGGUGCCACCUGCCAAUCAAACGUCACUCUCCUGGAUUAUAUCUGCUUGUGUCACCCAGGCUACACAGAUAAAAACUGCAGCACUGACAUUGAUGAGUGUGAACCAGGGCCUUGUCAGAACGGUGGAAUAUGUACAGAUCUCAUCAAUGGCUACAACUGCACGUGUACCAGCGGCUGGGAAGGGGUGGAUUGUGAUGUGGAUAUCCUAGAGUGUAAUCAAACAAUAAAUCCGUGUGGUGAUCGAGGGGAAUGUGUGGAGAAGCCCGGAUCAUUCGAGUGUGACUGCGACCCAGGAUUCACAGGUAUACCAUGUGUAGACAUUAAUGAAUGUGACAUAGGACAGUGCAAAAAUGGAGCUGGCUGUGAAAACACGAUCGGGGACUACUCCUGUAAUUGCACGCUUGGGUAUGAAGGGAAGGAUUGCGACAUUGCCAACUGCAGCUACAACCAGUGUCUAAUGGGCUCCACCUGUCGUGUCGAGGGAACGAUCUGGGAAUGUGAUUGUCUCCCUUUCUAUGAAGGUAAACAGUGUGAGAUCCGAGGACCUUGUGUGUCAGCGCCGUGCAGUAAUGGUGCUACUUGUGAGCAGAACGUACUUUUGAUGAAUUACACCUGUCACUGUACCUCAGGAUUCAAGGGAGACAACUGCGAGGAAAAUCGCAACGAGUGCGUCGAAGACAAUCCGUGCCUUAACAACAGUACCUGCAAUGAUACCUUCGGUUCGUACAACUGUGCAUGCGCCGUUGGGUUCACUGGGAAGAACUGUGGCGUAAAUAUCGACGAUUGCAUCGAUGAGCCAUGCGAGAACGAAGGCACUUGCAUCGACUUGGUGAACGGGUUUGAUUGCAAUUGUACCGACACAGGGUACGAGGGAGCAACAUGUAGCGAGGACAUCGAUGAAUGCGCCAUCAGCAGUGUGUGUCAGCAUGGGGGAACCUGUAUCAACGAGCCCGGCGCUUUCACCUGUCAGUGCGCUAAGGGAUAUGCUGGAGAUUUGUGCGAGAGAAAGGAAGCACAAGUGGGUGGUCCUGAAGACGAUAACACUAUCAGUAUUAUUGUGGGAUCUGUGGUGGGCUUCUUGGUCCUUGUGAUAAUUAUUUGUGUAAUAGUGUUCCUGGUGAUGGCACGCAACAAAAGGGCCACAAGAGGAACUUACAGUCCAAGUCGUCAGGAAAUGUCAGGUUCCAGGGUGGAACUGGGUCAUGUUAUUAAACCCCCUCCAGAGGAGAGGUUGAUAUGAUCGAUAUUUAACCUCUUCUAGGAUAUGGUCAAAAUGGAUCGUCCCGAGUGAUGGUGUUAUAGAGUGAGAGGAAGGAAAAGCUCUUCAUGGCAAGAGAUCUGAAAUGUCAGACGACCAGCUUGGUUGAGAAAGGUUCCAUUGAAGUGCUCAGUGUGUUAUGAAAUGUCCACGUUGCUGGAUAGGAUUCAUUGGUUGCAGAUUUUUUUUUUUUUUUUUUUUGGUGUCAGAAGUGGAAUCAGUGGAUGGAGUGUUAAUAUGAUGAUUAGUGGAUCGAUUUUACUUGCUUUACACUGCCUGCCUGAAUUA